AUGGCACCUUCUGCCUUUCUACCUGCUAAUGAGCUUUAUCUUCCAACUGAAUGUGCUCAAAACUCUCCAGAAGAGUAUCUUGAUGAAUUAAUUACCUUUUUUGAAAGGUAUCGACACUUAACCGACAUUCAUGUCGUCGACUUCCUCACUUAUAAUCAGUGGGAGCUCCUAGAUCCCGAAUGGCGGAAGGCCCUUUCACCCGAUCCUGCACAGCAUCAUAAUCGGCAGGCUCAGUCGGAUUGGCUAUCUUUGAUGAUCCAGAUUGCUUCGGAAAGCAAUAUUGAUUCUUCUUGGCCAGACUCCCUUCAAGACUAUAUUAAAAAAUCCAAGGCAUUGGCCCUUCCAAGAGUUUCUCCACCAGGAUACAAUAUUGAACAGACCAAAUGUGUAAUUGAUAGACAUAUCCUGCCAGGAAUGACAGAUAAGAAGAUUCAUGAAGUUGAACGUAUGAGUGCGUUAAUCAAUAAUGUCGCGGAAACCCAAAAUAUAAAAUCCAUUAUUGAUCUUGGUGCUGGCCAAGGUUACCUGUCGCGUGCGCUUGCAUUUCAACAUCAUCUCAAAGUAUUAGCAGUUGACUCGUCCACUAUUCAAACCUGUGGAGCAAAAAAGUUUGACGAAAAAGCUAUGAAAGGCUACAAGGCCUUGGCGUCUCUAGAAAUACACCAUGUUACCGAUACUAUGUCACCUCAAAACGCCUCGGAUGUUCUCGCUCGCUGGAGCAAUAUAGAUAGACCAGAAGAUUGGUUGGUGUGCGGUCUUCAUGCAUGUGGCGACCUGACUAGCUUGAUGCUUCGAAUGUUUACUGAGAGUAAUGAAAUGAAAUGUUUGGUUAAUGUCGGGUGUUGCUAUCAUUUCCUAACUGAAACUGAAGAUGAGUCCACUGGAUUCCCAAUGAGCCGGGUACUGAAAUCAAAGGGUUAUCGCCUGGGAUCUACGGCAUGUAUGCUCGCUUGUCAAGCACCCUCAAGAUGGCAAGAUAAAGAAGAAGAAAGUUUAAAGGCGUUUGGGCAUCAUUUCUUUAGGGCACUGUUACAGUUCAUUAUGGUUGAAAAGGGUCUGGCUUCAGCUGAUUCACCACCCAUAAUUGGUCGCCUUAACAAAAAAAAAGACUUUCUCUCGUUUGGAGUUUAUGUACAGGCUGCACUGAAACGGUUGAAUAUUCCUGCAGAUUCAAUUUCAGUCGAAGAGGCCGAAGAAUAUUAUCACACCUAUAAAGAUAGGCAGGUAGACAAACAAAUUGCCAUUCUAUGGACUUUGCGAGCAUUAUUAGCUCCUGUUUUGGAGAGUAUAAUUCUCGUCGAUCGUUGGAUUUACUUGAAAGACUCAAUUAAGGAUAGCAAAAACCCGGAAAAGGGUGUAUGGGUCUGGCCCUUAUUUGAUUCCAUUGUAUCACCCAGAAAUGUAGUAAUUGUGGCAACUAAAUAA